AUGGGGCGGCUGGGGAGGAGGCGUGCGAGUCUGUGUGCCAGCCUGAAGCCUGGGGCACGGAGGGGCGGCCGGACGCCCGAGGAGGAGGAGCUGCACAUCCCGUUUGCACAGGACAGCCUGGUGAAGCAAUGGAGCUCCAUGCAGAACGUGGCAGACCGGAGCCAGGAGGAGAGCAAGGUCCCCGUUUGGAGAAACAAGUACUUCCUCAAUAUUAACGUGGGUGGCAAGUUGUUCCACAUCGCCUGCAGGGUGGUGGCCCGGUAUCCCGUCACCAGGCUGGGGAAGCUGGCCACCUGCAGCGACCCUACGAAGAAGCUGAAGCUCUGUGACGACUACUCCGUGCAGAAGAACGAGUACUUCUUUGACAGAGACCCUUCCAUCUUCCAUUACAUCUUCCACUUCUACUGCAGCGGGGUGCUGUGGAUAAUGGAUGAGAUGUGCCCCAGCAACUUCGUGGAGGAAAUCGAGUACUGGGGGAUCCACCUGAAGCACUCCCAGCGCUGCUGCCGGAUCCUGUUUGAGGAGAAGCAGGACGAGCUCAGCGAGUACCUGAAGAUCCAGAAGGAGCUGGAGGCAGAGCUGGAGCCCAUGGACUCAGCAGGGCAGUUUGAGGGCAAAUGCUUGGGGAAGUUCCGCAGGGCCAUCUGGAACCUCAUUGAGAACCCGUAUUCAUCCGUCCCGGCCAAGAUCAUCGCCGUCAUGUCCAGCUUCUUUGUGCUCAUCUCCAUCGUGGGCAUGACGCUGAGCACGGUGGAGGAGAUGAAGCACAAGACGGGGAAGAAGUGGAUGGAGCAGAUGGAGAUGAUCUGCGCCAUCUUCUUCACCUCCGAGUACCUCAUGCGGCUCAUCUCCUCCUCCAGCUUCAAGAACUUCCUGCGGGCAGCGCUCAAUGCCAUCGACCUGGUGGCCAUCCUGCCCUUCUACAUCCAGAUCCUCUUUGAAAACCUGGACGAAGGCGAGACGCUGUACCACGAGGAGCUGCACAAAAUGGAGAACGUGAGCAAGCUGGGCAAAGUGCUCAAACUCAUCAAGCUGAUGCGGAUCUUCCGCAUCCUCAAGCUGGCACGGCAUUCCACGGGGCUCCGCGCCUUCGGCUUCACCAUGAGGCAGUGCUACCAGCAGGUCUGCUGCCUAUUCCUCUUCAUCGCCAUGGGGGUCUUCACUUUCUCUGCUCUCAUGCACUCGGUGGAGCACGACGUGCCGGGCACCAACUUCACCAGCAUCCCCUACGCGUGGUGGUGGGCAGCGGUCAGCCUCUCCACCGUGGGCUAUGGGGACACGGUGCCCGACACGGUGCUCGGCCGGAUUGUGGCAUUUGGCUGCAUCUCCUUUGGCAUCAUCCUCAAUGGCAUGCCCAUCUCCAUCCUCUACAACAAGUUUUCGGACUACUACGCCAAGCUGAAGGCGCACGAGAACGAGAGCAGCCUCUCCCUGAAGCUCUCCAGGCGGCUCCGUCUGAAGCAGCGCAUCCUGCAGAAGGUGUCGCAGUGCUGCUGCCCCGACCCCAGGCAUGUGGGGUGCUGAGCUGGGGAGCAGCCCCAGCACAGGGUUUAAUAAAGCAGCCCCAAACCGUGCUUUGUCUCGGGUUAUUGACACAGCGCAGCAAGCAUGGUGACAGCAGGGAGUUAAAUAUUCCCCCUGUUCACCAGCUCCUGCACGCUGCUGUGUCCAAGCAGGAGCUUUGCUGUUCUCUCAAAGAGUGGCACACAUAUGGGAUCGUGCACUCACCCCCCUUGUGCUGCUUGGAGAGCACGGCCAGGGCA